CUCACAUACACACAAAUUCAAUCUCCAAUUCCAACCCAAAACUUCCAAGAUAGGGAAGCACAAUUAUCUUCACAACUUCAUAACUCAUGUCAGCGGCCGCAGCGGCUGCCGCAACCGGCGCCAUCUUGGGCUAUAGGAACUCUUCUAGAAGCAAGCAAAGAGAAGAGUUUUUACCAUUCACACCACCAAAAAUGAUGCAUGCAGUUUCUCCUGUUGCUCUUCCUCGUAUUAGCAGGUACGAGUCCCGUAAGAGACGUGACUGGAACACCUUCUGCGUGUAUCUGAGAAACCAGUACCACCCGUCCUUAACUCCCUAUAGCUGCAGCGACGAACACGUUCUGGAGUUCUUCCGUUACAUGGACCAGUUCGGCGAAACCAAGGUUCACUUUGAAACAUGUGCAUACUUUGGUGACUCUUAUGAUCCACCAGGUCAGUGCCACCACUGUCCUCUGAAGCAAGCAUGGGAUAGCCUCGAAGGUAUCGUAGGUCGCUUGCAUGCAGCUUUUGAAGAGAGCGGUGGCUCGCCGGAGAUGAACCCUUUUGGAACACGUAUGGUGAGGGUGCACCUCAUGGAAGUGAGAGAUGUUCAAGACAGAUCUAAAGGGAUAGGUUAUGAGAAGAAGAAAAGGAGUAUGAGUUUAUGACUAAAUUUCUUGUCUUCAAAAUUUGUCUCAUUUUGAUGUACCACCAAUGUAUUGUCUUGAAUGGGUAACAUUUUGCUAUAGAUCGAUGAGUUCUUUAUGUUGGUGGAUAACUCUCAGUAUUAUAAGUGAAAUGAACAUUUAUUUUUGGUACAUCGAAAAGAUAAAUUGUACCCACUAGGAAUCGAUCCCUGGACAUCCCACAACCGAACUCAUAUGUACCUCA